CAACAUUUAUUGUUUGCUACGAAGAAAUAGGGGCUUAGGAAGACAUGAUAAAUUGUCCAGAUUUAUGCUUCGUAAAACCACAAAGCCAGGACUGGAGCCCCAAGAACUAUCUCCACAUUUUAUGCAGUUAAUAGCUCCUGGGGCUUACUGAAUAGGAGAGGUGCUUUUUAGUUUUUACAGAUUUUUAUUACUUUUUUCCCUGGUAUACCAGCUGACAGAACUACUCUAAACCAUCUUUGAUCAAAGUCUUUUAUUUGUUUAUUUUUUCCUAGUUGUUACAGGAGUAGGUGGAUAGUCCUUAGUCCCGGUAACUCCUACUCCACUUCUCCAUUCCUUUGAGAGCUAGACAGAAGAAAUGACUACAUGUACAUGACUCCUGGAAUUCAGUCUUCUGGGGGCAGAGAAAACUGAGGGGAAACAGAAUUUUAGACUCCGGGCCUGAUUGUGGGCCUGCCACUCUGCUCCAGUGGGCUGUGUGACCUUGGGCAGGUCACUUUGCCUUUCUGGACUUGGCUUCCCUAUCUGUGAGUAAGGAUAACAUGAUCUCCAAGAGUUUUUCGAUGCCUUCUGGUCCGAAGAGUCUCCAGCUGCCCCGAUGACAGCCUGAGAAGACUGCGUGCUGCUUCCUCUCCAUGCCGGGCCAGGCCCGCUCGGUCCCUCGCAGCUCCGUCCUUCAUGGAGACCGGGUCUCAGCAGGGAUGGCAGGGGAGGAAAUUGGCAUCCAGAUGGUUCCUCCCCGUGAAAUUGUCUCGGGCGAUGGGCCGCCUCGACAACACCUGGUAGCCAGGCUCGCCCUCUGUCCGCCACCCAGGGGAGGGCAGCAUGGUGCGGAUUCAGAGGCGGAGGCUUUUGGCAUCUUGCCUGUGCGUCACAGCCACCGUCUUCCUGCUUGGCACACUCCAGGUAGUGGUUGAGCUGGGAAAAUUUGAAAGGAAGAAGUUUAAAAAUUCCAAUUUGCGAGAUGGGCACGCAAAAAUGGGGGAAGAGCCCACACACCUGUACUCAUUCCCUAAGAAGGAAGCUCUGACCUUGACCAGGAAAGAAAAACUGGAAACCGACAGCUACCCCAUCAUGCUCUGGUGGUCCCCGCUGACUGGGGAAACAGGAAGGCUGGGCCAGUGUGGAGCAGACGCUUGUUUCUUCACCAUCAACCGGACCUACCUGCACCAUCCCAUGACCAGAGCCUUCCUCUUCUAUGGUACUGACUUUAACAUAGACAGCUUACCUCUGCCCCGGAAAGCCCAUCAUGACUGGGCCCUUUUUCACGAAGAAUCUCCGAAAAACAAUUAUAAGCUCUUUCAUCAGCCCAUCAUCACUUUGUUCAACUACACUGCCACGUUCAGCCGGCAUUCCCACUUGCCACUGACCACCCAGUACUUGGAGGGCAUAGAAGUCCUGAAGUCACACCGAUACCUGGUCCCUCUGCAGUCCAAAAACAACCUUCGAAAGAGGCUCGCUCCGCUGGUGUAUGUGCAGUCAGACUGUGACCCCCCAUCAGACAGGGACAGCUACGUUCGAGAGCUGAUGACUUACAUUGAGGUCGACUCCUAUGGGGAGUGUUUGCACAACAAAGAUCUCCCUCAGCAGCUGAAAAACCCAGCCUCCAUGGAGGCCGAUGGCUUUUAUAGGAUCAUUGCGCAGUACAAGUUCAUCCUUGCUUUUGAGAACGCAGUGUGCGAUGACUACAUCACGGAGAAGUUGUGGAGGCCCCUGAAACUGGGGGUGGUCCCUGUGUACUAUGGAUCCCCCAGCAUCACGGACUGGCUGCCUAGCAACAGAAGUGCUAUUCUUGUAUCGGAGUUUUCCCACCCCAGAGAGCUGGCAGGUUACAUCAGACGGCUGGACCGUGACGACAGACUGUACGAGGCCUACACGGAGUGGAAGCUGAAGAGGGAGAUCUCUAACCAGCGGCUUGUCACGGCUCUCAGGGAGCGGAAGUGGGGAGUGCAAGACAUCACUCAAGACAACUUCGUCGAUGCCUUUGAGUGUAUGGUGUGCAACAAGGUGUGGGAUAAUAUUAGGCUGCAGGAAAAGGGCUUACCACCCAAACGCUGGACGGCAGAAGCUACCCACCUGAGCUGCCCGGAGCCUGCCACGUUUGCCUUCUCCCCUGCGGCUCCUCGUUGGAGCUCCUUGCGGGAGAUGUGGAUCUCCAGCUUCGAACAGUCCAAGAAGGAGGCCCAGGCACUGAGGUGGCUGGUGGAUAGGAAUCAGAACUUUUCGGCUCAAGACUUUUGGGGCCUAGUAUUCAAGGACUAAUUUCCAAGAGUUUCAGAAUGAUAUAGACUACAGAGUUCUUGAAGUUUAUUUUCUAGGUUGCCUUAAUAUUUGGAUAUAACAGCUACUCUGUGGACUAUCCUUUAGGAUAAGCGUUGCCGCAGCACUCAUUAUGAGCCCUGUGAAAUAAUAGAUGUGAAUGACCCAUAGGGGUCACCUCUCUAUUUUUUUUGUAUGGGAAGGUAAAUACAGUAGUUCUGUCUUAUCUGUAGUUUCGCUUUCCAUGGUUUAAAUUACCCGCGAUCAGUGCAGUCCAAAAAUAUUAACUGGAAAACCCAGAAAUAAACAAGUUGUGAGUUUUAAA